GUAACUAUCCUCGCAUCAAAACUAUGUUGGGGUGUAACAUGUCAUUAUCAAAACCAAUCAGUAUGCGGAUUAUUCGAAUGUCAAUGUAAAAUGAAGUUUCUUUAAUUUGUCGCAUAUUUUGUUUAAAAAAAAAAGAGAGAAUAAACAAAAUCUGAGAUCUAAGAGACAACUAUAAUGUUUUAGUGAUACGGAUUAACGAAGUGUGUAAAGCGAAUGAGUCUAGAAUAUAGUUACAACACAUAUUCAUAUGGGUUCGGUGCAUGCGGAUACUUAAAAAUACCAAAAACCGCACCCAAUCCACUACUCUCUUUUGUCGGCUUCGAAGAAAAUCCACCCAAAAUUAAUAUCACCUUGGAAUUUCCCUCGACAAAUCAAUUCGAAUUCGACUGGGUACUCAAGAAUUGUUUCGCCAUCCUAAUACUACUGAUUAAAUUAAGUUAGUGUGGUGAAUUGAAUUCAAGUUAGGAAUGGUAGCUUUGUAAGUGUGCAUUGAUGAUCAAUGUCGACUCGACGUAACUCGGAUCUUUUGAGUCAAAUUAUCCGUUAAUAAGGAGUGGACGCCGGACGGUGCCAAUUACGGAAGAAAAGAAGAAGAAAAAAAACUUAUCGGUUUAAACCUAUAAAUAGACCACCCAACCCAACCGCAAUUCCCACACCAUCUUCAUCACUUCCCUUCUCCCAUUCUUCUUUCUUCUACAACUAACUAAAACACAACAAUGGCGGACGAGGAGCAGACCACCGGCCACCGCGACCGCGGCCUCUUCGGCUGGGGCAACAAGGACAAGUCCGACGACAAGCCCUCCUCCGAAUACGGCACCACCACUGAUGACCAGACCGAGCUGACUGAAGGCGGCCGUACCUCUAAGUACGGUUCCGAUGACCAGCCCGACUCCGGUUAUGGAGCUGCCGGCGCCGGCCGCACCAACUAUGACUCUGAGAGCCGGCCGACUGACACUGGCUACGGCGGCGCCACCAGGUAUGGAGAGUCUGAUGAGAAAACCACCGAUACCGGUUACGGCAGCGGUCGAACCGGAAGCAAGUACGGAAGUGACGAUCAAACCGAUCAGGAGGCGGGGUACGGCCGAAAGAAUACCAGUUACGAAUCUGACCAGACCAAGACUGAAACCGGCUACGGGGAUGACCGGAUCGCUGAAGAGACCGGCGGUUACGGUCACAAGAAAACCAGCUACGGGUCCGACCAGACCCGGACCGAGAGUGGAUAUGGAGGCGGCAGAGGUGACAACAAGUAUGGGUCCGACGAACCGACCGGUACUUACGGCCAGGAGGAGAAGUCCGAUUACGGAUCCGACCUGAACCAGACCGGAUCCGGCUACGGCGCCGUGGGCCGCGACAAGUACGGUUUCGACAGCAAGGCCGCUGAGGUGGAGACCGGUUACGACCGAAAGGAGGCCAGUUACGGGUCGGACAAGACCGAGUCCGGGUAUGGCGGGACCGGUAUUGGAGCGGGCAGCAAGUACGGUUCGACCGAUGAUGAUGACCAGACCGGUUACGGGAGCACCGAGAAGUACGGACGUGAUGAUGAGAAUAAGACUGGUGGUGGUAAUGAUGAGGAUAAUUCUGAGGGGAAAAAGAAGCACCAUGGUUUCUUUGGCUAAUCAUCACGAAAAUCCUAAGUUACGAUGGAUGCUUCGGUUUAAAAAAAGGAAUAAAUAGCUAUGAAUAAAUCAUAGUAUUUGUGGGAUUGUUAAAAAUUAAUUACUUGUGUAAUGCGUGUACUUAAUUAUCAUCUUGUUCACUUAUAAUUUGUUCAGAUUUGUCAGUUGUGUAAUAUUUGCUCAUAUAUGUGAAGCUGGGCUUCCAUACUUCGUUGAGCUUAAACCUUUGUAUGUUUUAAUUAUCAGUGUGGAAAUCUUUGUUAAAUAAAGAAUGAAUGUAGCCAUGUGUGUUGUGUAUAGAUUAUAUAUUGUUGGGAUAUCCUCUAAUGUUGUUGAGCAAAUACUAAUUAUUAGCCAAAAAAAUUCUACAAUUUUAAUUAUAAACCAAAGUUUUCAAAAUACAAAAUGAGAAGUGUAACCUCCACUUCCCAUGAUCACCAUUGUUAGAUCAAAUUAUCGCUACUCAAUCAGCUUGCUUAGAGAGUUGGUGCUUCAAGCCAAAUAGACUAGAAUGGGAAUUAAAGCAAUGAGUUGAUCACCAUAUCUGGGUACCACUGGUUUCGGUCCUUCAUUCGCUUAACUCUAAACUAGAAUUGAUUGGACAAUUACCGAACGAAGUAUUAAAUAUAGAAUCUAUCAUUGUUGUUCUCAGUUGUGCAUCUUAGAAUGAAUAUAUAUAUAUUUGUUUCUUAGUAACGUAAGCUAGGUGUAAGCUUACCCCCACAAGAUAUAGUAGAAGGAUAAGAACUAUAGUAGAAAAAUGAUGUUGCGAAGAACAACAUCAAUGUUGACCAACAUACACCAAACUUGAGAAGUCACCCCCACAAUGUCAUGGUGUAGAAUGAAAUACAAACUCGUCGUAUUUUCGUACUUGAACAACGAAGACAACUAACUGCGAUCCGGACCACGAAAUGCGAAGGGCCUGAGUAUUGGUGGAUUGGGCUGGCAACAGGGCCUGAGAUAUGGUCCAGAAGUGGUCGGAUCAAGGAAAAGCCGUUUGCCAUGGAAGGACCCAGGAGGGUGGGUACAUGGGCCUGCGUUGUGGCAGAUUGGGCUUUGGAAAGAUAAUUGUCCCAAAUGUUUGGCUGAUUUGUUUAAAACCGUUAUCAAAUGAACUAUGAAAAAUUAA